ACUUUAUUAUUUACGAAAAUUGCAAUUAUAUUUGCAUUCUGAAGCGAUGUCUGCGCUCUUUCGUGUAACCAGCCGAGCCGUGGCGCUCCAGCGCUCCCUGGUGGCCAACCAGGCAGCCACAUUACGGGCAUGCCGCAGCAUAAAGACGUCGCCAAAGAAGGACGAGACCAUUGCAGCCCCCGCCAGCGUUACAACAGAAGACUUUGCCAAUCCCAGCCCCAAGAACUGGAUGAGCUACGGCUUCGACUACAAGGACCAGGCGGAGGAUCGCAAGGCGACGAAAGCCACUUUCUUCGUUACCGUCACCCUGUGCCUGGUGUGGGGAACCUUCUACUGGUCCUACUUGCCCGACACUCAGAUACGCGACUGGGCCCAGCGCGAGGGCUUCUUGGAGCUGCGCCGUCGCGAGCAGGCUGGCGUGGAUCUGGUGAGCCCCGACUACGUGGACCCCGCAAGCAUUUCGCUGCCAUCGGACGAGGAUCUCGUCAACACGGAAAUUAUCAUCUAAACAAUUAGUCCCUUAGUUUGUUAUGUAAUGAAUGCAGCUGGUGGCCACUACAAAGCCGCGCCUUCUGCUCGCUAAUAAAAAUGCACCUUCCGGCGCGAACGAAGCUACCAACAA